AUGUUCUUGUCGUUUGUGGUAGUGUAUGAACUGUUCAGACGCGGUGUAAUGCGUUGGUAUUUUUGUGAUUCAUGGGAUGUCUCGGUGCUGAUAGAGGUGUCGUCGGGCGCCGGAUGGGGCGGGCGCGCGUGCUGCGGCCUGCCGCAGGCCCUGGCCUGCCGCCGCGCCUGCGCCACCGCCUCGUCGCGCCAGGCCCUGCGCCCGGCCUGCAGGCUCAGCGACGAGCUCGCCUUCUUCGCCUGCGUCGACCGACAGCAGGUACUGUCAUCCGCCCACGAAGCGAUGGCCAACUUAGAACAACCUCCUGUGUGGACAAGGAGGAGGGGAAGGAAAAACAAAAACACUAUUUGA